AUGGCCACGUUGACAGAGUUAUUCCUCUUGUUUGGGCUGUGGCACAUUUUGCAGGUCCAAGGAGUUGCCAAGUUCACAAACAUCGAGUGCCUGAGUGCGGACGAAAACUUCACCACCGUUUCCCUGUGCCGAUUGUACGCCGUAAAGAGGGAUGUCGUCGAAAUGAGUCUGCGGGCCAACAUCCUGCGAUGGCCAAAAGGUCCGGUAUCGAUGCGCAUGCAGCUGCUGAAGAAGGCCAGUGGCUAUAAGCCCUUUCUCUACAAUAUCUGCCAGUCGGAUGUGUGCGAGUAUCUGGAGAAGCGGAAUCAUCCCUUCAUUAACAUCAUCCUGAGCAGUUUCGGGAACAGAACCAAUGUGAACAAGUGUCCGAUUCCACCGGAAAUAGUGUUGGAGCACUUUCGGUUUCCCGUCAAGGUUCUGGACAUGAUGCCCCUGCCCUUCGGGGACUACGGACUCUUCACCACCUUCACUUUCCACCGAUCGGAGUUGGCCCAGGUUAAGGUGUACUUCACAUUAACAGAGUAUCGCUAA